AUGAGUCAGGACGAGACGAACGACGGAGGCGGCGGCGGAAGCGCGGAAGCGCAGGCGUUCACGAGCGUGCACGACCUCGUUCAUUACGCCCUCGCGUCGCAGCCGAAUAAGCGGUCCGUGCCUCGAACUCGCGCCCGGGUCGAGUCGUCGUCGCUCGAACGUUACAUUUUUCUUUCCCGGCACGUGCGACGACGACGCGGACGUCGCGCCAUCGCGCGCGCGCGUCCUGACGCCCCCUCCCUCCCCUCCCCCCGCGGCAUUCAUCGAAACAGCGCCGGGCUCCGGCAGAUAUACGCGACGUGCAAGGAGAAAGGCCGCAUCGCGUCGAAACACGGCGGCGGCUGCCGGCUGCUGACCGCCAACGAGCACUGGAAGAGCCAGAUCCGUCACGCGCUGUACACGUCCCCGCGGUUCAAGCGCGCGGGCGACGGCACGGACGAGUGGGCGCCGACGUCCCCGGACGCGCCGACGCCGCGGACGAAGACGGUACGGAUCGACGCCGGCGCGGCGACGGCGACGGCGACGGGCACGGGCACGGGCGCGGGGGGGGCGACCCCGAGCGGCGGGAGCGAUCACAGCAACGCGGGAGGAGGCGGCGGCGGCGGCGGCACUUCCCGGAGGGCGACGGGCGCCAAGACGACGGCGAAGGCGAAGAAGGCGUCUCGGUCUCCGCCGAAGGCGACGGCGAAGGGAAAGGAAAAGGCGAGCGAGGAGACGAGCUCCGGCGACGCGCGCGGCGGCGGACGGAAACGCGCGCGCGCGGAGUCGCUCGCGGCGAAGACGACGCCGGAGCAGUCGGUGACGGAGACGACGACGUCGCUGCCGUCCGCGCGCGAUCCCGCGAGCGUGAUGAGCCCGUCGAAGCCGCCGUCGCGGACGCCGCUCGCGGAGGUGAAGUCGGCGGCGGCCAAGCGGUCGCCCUCGCUCCGCGGGCAGACGCCGCCGCUGCUCGUCUCGCGCAGCGGGUCGCCCACGCACGAUAGCUUACCCGCGGCGACGUUUAAGGUGAUGGUCGGGAACAUCGCGGUGACGCCCAAGGCGAGGGAUCCGACGCACCGACGCAAGCACAGACCCGCGCGCGCGGCGACGUGAGGGACGAUUUUUUUUUUCGCGGACGCCGCGGCGCGGCGGCUGGACUUUGUCCGCGUGGGGGAUGCCAUCCUUGGACUGCCCACACCGAUUACUUACUACUACUACGACUACUACCACCACCACCAUUCAUGCACGCGUCCGCGACGCGAGAGAUUAUGCGCUCUGUUAUGAUAUUCCGCACGCAAGUCAUUUCAUAUUUUUGUUGUUCUCAAUACGAAUACGAUUUAAUGUUGUU